UCGGUGAGAAAGCUGAGAGACGGCGCAAAGAAUACCGUCACUAUGGCGGACGUUGUGGGGUUGCUCGCCUCGGCCAUCGUUACGCAGGUGGGCGCAGAGCUCGGUUCUGCCAUCGGGGAUCAGGUCACCAUUCUGUGCAACGUCAAGGACGACAUGGAGGACAUGAAGGAGACGCUGCUGUCCAUGGCGGCGGUGCUCAAGGACGCUGAGAGGCGGUCGGUCAGGGAGCAGGCAGUACGGCUGUGGCUGAAGCGACUCAAGGACGCCGCCUACAACAUCUCCGACAUGCUCGACCAGUUCGAGGAAGACUCUAAACAAGCCGAUGGAAAGAUGCUAGGAAUGCUAUCAUGCCUCCCAAUUACAUGCAAGAAGAUCGUCCUGGCUAAUAGGAUGAAAAAGAUGAGAGGGGAUUUGAGGAGGAUUGAUGAGCAGCAAAGGAGUUUCAAUUUCACACGGAGCACCAGCGCUAGUAUUGACCAGCAGCACCAUGAUCAGCGUCGUCGAACAUCAUCUGAAGUAAAUGACGCAGAUAUCGUAGGGAGGGAUGGAGAAAAGCAGGCAAUCAUAGGCAUGUUAUCUGCAAGUGAAAAUAAACAGGAGACCAUGAUUGUUCCUAUCUAUGGCCUUGGAGGGAUGGGCAAGAGUACCUUGGCAGGGCUGGUUUAUAAUGACAACCAAUUCAUCAAGAAGUAUGAUCAUCGAGUAUGGGUUUAUGUGUCCCAGGUAUUUGAUUUGGAGAAAAUAGGAUGGUCUAUAAUUUCUCAACUACAAAAAACGGGAAACCAACAGAAUACAGAUAUGGAGUUGAUAAACCAGAGCCUUGAUGAUCUGCUUCCUAACAAGAAGAUUCUGAUUGUUUUAGAUGACAUAUGGGAAGAAAAUGACUUUGAGUUGGAGAAAUUGAAGCGAAUGCUUCGUGUGGGCAAAAAGGGCAUCAUGAUAGAUGUCAUAGUAACCACACGCAAGGAAGAUAUUGCAAAGAAAAUUUGUACCAAGGAGCAAUACAAGCUAGAGCCCUUGCAAGAUGACAUGUGCUGGUGUAUAAUAAAAAGAUUCAGUCAAUUACAACGUAAAACUAACAAAGAACAACAUGAGCGUAUAGGACAAGAGAUUGCAAAGAAAUGCGGGGGUGUUGCUUUAGCUGCUCAAGCACUUGGAUACAUGCUAGAAUCUAAGGAUCUGCAUGGGUGGUCAGAAGUGAACAAUAGUGAUAUCUGGAAGGAAUCGUCUGAAGAUGAAUAUUCACCACAUAGUACAGUGCUUCCGUCCUUGAAGUUAAGUUUUGAAAGCAUGCCACCACGUCUGAGGUUAUGCUUUUCAUAUUGUGCCAUCUUCCCAAAAGGCUAUGAUAUUAUUGAAGAUGAUUUGAUUUACCAAUGGACUGCUCUCGAUUUCAUUGAGCCAUCCAGGGGCAAGGAAUACAUGAAGCAACUUUUUGGGAUGUCCUUCCUUCAACAUUCGAAGUUGCCUUCGACUUCUGGAAAGCAAGUGGUGCGGUACACCAUGCAUGACCUAGUGCAUGACCUGGCAAGAUCAGUGAUUGGUGAUGAGCUAAUUGUUUCUGAUGCUGCAACAAAGAGCAGUUCAAUUGAGCAGAAAUACUGUCGGUAUGCAUUGCUCACAAAUUAUGACAAGCGAACAAAGUUGUCAAAUAUUUUGCCCAAGAAAGUUAGGGCACUUCAUUUUCUAAAUAGCAGCAAACUGGGUCUCCCUGCUGGUGCAUUUUCAUUUGCAAAGUGCUUGCGUAUUUUGGAUUUCAGUGAAUGCUCUAGUAUAAUGUUGCCGGCCUUUAUUGGCCAACUGAAGCAGCUGAAGUGUCUUAUUGCUCCAAGAAUGCAAAAUGAGAGGCUCCCAGAGUGUAUUACUGAACUCUCAAAACUGCAGUACCUAAACCUGCAUGGAUCUUCUCAAAUUUCUGAACUACCUGAAUCAAUUGGCAAACUCGGUUGUCUAGUAUAUCUGGGUUUGUCAGGGUUUUCUGGUAUAUCAAAACUGACAGAAUCAUUUGGUGACUUAAAAAGUAUGGUGCAUCUUGACAUGUCAGAUUGUUCUUGGAUAAGAGAACUUCCAGACUCACUUGGUAAUCUCACAAAUCUGCAGCAUAUUGAAUUAUCUCAAUGCUACGAUGUCAAAGUCAUACCAGAGUCUUUUUCUGGCCUCACACAACUCCAGUAUUUGAACUUAUCAUCUUGUCGUUAUCUUCGACAGCUACCAGAAGCUAUAGGCAGCCUCGUCAAUCUUAAUUAUUUAAACAUGUCAUAUUGUAGGCAAAUUAGAGAACUGCCAGAGUCAUUUAAGAAUCUCCGAAAUUUGUUGCAUCUCAAUUUGACGAACUGCCGCAUUGUGAAAGGGUUGCCGAGAGCUCUGCGUGGCCUCACCUUACUAGAACAUUUGGAUAUGUCAAAUAUUCGUUGGGCUGUUGUGAAUAAGGAUGAUCUAUCUAAUGCUAUGAGAAACCUCACCAAUCUCAAGUAUUUGAACUUAUCACACAGCUUAUCUGGACUCUUAGUUAUUGAAAUUUAUGGUACGAUUGUUGAUUUAUUUGAUACCCUUACCAAUCUGGAGCAUCUGGACCUAUCCUUGAAUCGUACACUCUUGUAUCUACCAGAAAGUAUUGGUAACCUCAAAAAGUUGCGUACGCUGGAUCUCUCAGGUUGCUCUGCGCUCAAGUCCCUACCAGAGAGUGUAGGUGCAAUUGGGCUGAAGUCUCUAUUGAUGGAGGGGUGCUCAGAUGAACUGAUAGAUCAGGCCAAUUCUCGGUUGCACUAUUCACUAAUAUUACCACUCUUCAAGGUUCGUGCUGAUCAUGUCAGUGCUUGCAGCAAUCUUAAUAUGCUCGAGGGUGUAAAUGUGGGUGAGUUAAGAAUACGUGGUCUUGAAAAUGUAAGGUUUCUAGAAGAAGCACGUAAAAUUAAGUUGUUGGACAAAUCAAAUCUUUCAGAAUUGACAUUGGCUUGGACCGUGCAUGCUGAUCGACUUCUAGAUGACAAUGAUUUGUUGGGACAACUAGUGCCACCUAGUGGUCUGAAGUACAUGACUCUAGAAGGUUAUAUCAGAACAAGCUUUCCUAGUUGGUUCAUGGGCAUUUCUCAUCAUCUCCCGAACCUUCAUUUUAUUAGCUUGGAUAAUCUGCCAGCAUGUAGAAACCUGCCACCACUUGGACAGUUACCGAACCUAGCAAGGCUGUUCCUCCAUAUGUUGCCCGGCAUUACAAAAAUCGACAGGGAUUUCUGCCGUGGAAAAGGAGCAUUCCGUCGAUUGACAGACGUCAUGAUCUCAAUGAUGGAAGGAUUAGAGGAGUGGAACACAACAUACUCUGGUGAGGAUGGUGUGGAGGAGCUCAUGUUCCCUAUGCUAGAUGAACUGGAGGUCCUGGAUUGUCCAAGGUUGAGGUUGAAACCAUGCCCACCAACAUUUCGUGAGUGCCUAAUAUGGACGAGCAACCGGGUUAUAUCUUCAUUGGAGGAGAGAGCAUGCGGCACCUUGUGA